AUGGAAACUCUGUCAGACACAACUUGGGAUGUGAUCAUCCAAGGGACUGGCUUUUGCCAGUCUCUACUGGCACUGGCGCUCUCACGAUCUGGAAAGAAGGUUCUUCACAUGGACUCAAACCAAUACUAUGGUGGUCCUGAUGCAGCUUUCAGUCUUGAUGAGGCCCAGGAGUGGGUGACUGAAGUCAGUAAUGGCAGACACCCACUAUUCAGAGAUGCGUCGGUCUUGACUCCACAAGAAACACAAGACACUGCCACCGAAAACUCGAAGGCAUCAAAGCUUGCGUCUAGCCGAUCGUACACUUUGUCGUUGUCUCCGUGCUUUCUUCAUGCCCGCUCUGAACUAAUGUCCGCUCUUGUAUCGUCCAAGGUAUUCAGGCAAUUGGAAUUCAUGGCGGUUGGGAGCUGGUGGAUUCAUACACCCGAAAAGCCGGACUCCGACGGUGGUGCACCGGGCGCGGAGAAGAUUCUUCACCGUGUUCCUGGAAACCGGGAGGAUGUGUUUGCCGCGUCUCACAUUAGCAUGAAGUCCAAGAGGACCCUCAUGCGGCUCCUGCGUCACAUCACCAAGUCCAAUGAGGAUGAAGCCCCGUCUGAAGAAGAAGACCUGUCCAUGCCAUUCAAGGACUAUCUUACUUCUAAAUUCAGUGUUCCACAAGAACUCCAUGAUCCUCUGCUGUCGUUGUCUCUGUCCCAGCAGACGCAAGAGGCUACUUCUGCUGGCUAUGCUAUACCUAGAAUCCAAAGGCAUUUGGGAUCCAUUGGAUAUCUUGGGCCUGGAUUCGGAGCCGUGAUUGCCAAGUAUGGCGGAGCUCCUGAAAUACUACAAGCUGCUUGUCGCGCCUCUGCUGUGGGAGGUGGCAUAUAUGCCUUGAGCACGCAAGUUUCAGACUGCAAGCGGCGCACAUCAUCCGAACACUCCGAACAUCCGUUCCUAGUGACGUUGAAAGAUGAGGGUGAUGUUCAGUCAAAGUUGUAUUUUUCGGCAUCAGAUGGGUCUUCUGAGGACUCCAGGCCAUUGAUCGAGGUUGCUCGCUCGGUCAAUGUUGUUUCUGGUGCCUUUUCCUCUCUCCUCCCAAUUCCAGUCGAAGGGGCUCCGUUGCCUGCAACUGCAGUCCUCAUGUUCCCGGGUGAUACUCUGGGUAGUCCAGAAUCACCACCGGUCUAUCUUCAGAUCCAUUCCAGUGACACUGGCGAAUGUCCUCAUCAGCAGAGUGUCGUUUAUUGCAGCGUGGCUUUACCUGGCCCUGAGGGUCAGUCGCUUCUUCAGGUCGCUCUCGACCGGCUUAUUGCCGCUGAGAGUUCUGCUCGCGUGCUGUGGUCUUUGCGAUACACCCAGCGCGGUCGGUCCAGUACCGACGGGACUCGAUGGCCUCUUCAGGAGGACUCUUCUCCCGACGCAUACCUUUUCCCUCCCCCAAGCCUCGAUUUUGCCUUCGAAGAUGACACCCUGGACAUUGUCAAAGAGGCUUGGAAGAAGGUCGUAGGCUUGCUGUCUAACUGUUCAAGUAUGCCUCUCGACAGCGUGACAGGCCUCGCCGGCCAACUCCCCGUCAACCAAGUCGAAUCGACAACACGAGGAGUCACCAAAAAUGUACCAACCAAACAGAUCAACAAAACAACCAAAGAUUUGACCGAUCCUGUCAUCCCCGGAGAAUUCCCUUCAGACGAUGCACCGCAAAAAGGACAAGGAGUGGACAACAACCUCUCCUUCUCGUCAAUCUGGACCACGAUAACAAACUGGUUCUCCACCCUCUUCCCCCAAGCCUUCGACUACUUCGAAUCUCUGGUCCAGAAGCUAGUCGCAUGGCUUCUUCCUCCACCCCGUCAAGCAGCCAUGUAUGAGGCCGCAUUGAAACGUCCAGCCGCCACUACCUUCCUCAUCUGCCAAGCGAUAUGCUGCGGUGUGCCGCUUCUGGUGUUUUUGGCUGGCGUCUUUGUAUUCGCUGCCGUCUCGAUACUUCUCUGGGCCGUUUUGUCACUCUUGAUUCUUGGUCCGGUCUUGCUGGUUACGAGCAUGAUGGGCGUGUCGUUGUGGGGUUGGGGUUGGGUUUUCUAUGGAUUGGUGAAAUGGGUUGAUCAGCGGUUCUUGGGUGGUCUGAUUACGCGCUUUUGGCUGGCGCAUUCGCCGGCGGAUACGGAAGAGGAGGGUCAUUCUGAAGGUGAACAGUCUGAGGGACAGAAGAAGGAGGAUUGA